AUGCGAUGCGCGCAAAGAAGAGGCGAGCGAUCUCGCCAGAUUCCUACCCGACUGCUGCAGGUGCAGCCCUUAAUACCAAGCCCCAAAGCAUAUCUCCGCCAGACUGCUCAAAUACCAGAAGAUGCAAGGUACACGACUCUAAGUCACUGCUGGGGUCAAUAUAUGCCAAUAAAGCUUGAAAGGAGAACGUUGCAAGCAUUCUUGGAUGGGAUCGAUGUUGGCAGGCUUCCACCAACAUUCCAGCAAGCCAUCAUGCUCACUAAGUCGCUUGGUAUAGAGUACAUAUGGAUCGAUUCUCUUUGCAUUAUCCAGGACGAUGACACUGACUGGGCCAAUGAGUGUACUCGAAUGACGUCUGUCUACAUGAAUUCAUUUGUCAACAUCGGGGCGAACGCGGCUGGAGAUUCUCGAGGAGGCCUUUUCCAACAACGAUCAUGGAAAUCUGUGAACCCCUUAUCGGUGAAUCUUACGUAUAUACCCACAGGUUGGUAUCGCAAACCUGUCGUAUUAUGGCCGAAUCCUGGAAUCGGGGCCCUGCUUGAUAAUGCGCCGCUUGGGGAUAGAGGGUGGAUCGUUCAGGAGCGUCUUCUUGCGCCACGCACUGUCCAUUUCCUGAAACACAAAGUCGUAUGGGAAUGCGACGAAUGUCAGGCAUCCGAGACGGACGUCACAGGAAAGCUUGAAGACACCUACCUCUAUAAGAGGACAUAUCUGGCUGUACCUAUAGCACCGAGCCACGGCGCCGGCGAUCGCAUCACCCAGUUUCUGAACACAUGGCGCGACAUUGUCGACUUAUACAGCACCGGCAAGCUGUCGGUAGCCACAGAUAAGCUAGUAGCAUUAUCUGGAGUUGCAAAAUAUAUGUUUGAACAUCGUCAGGACAACAGGACUCUGCGAUACUACGCAGGCCGUUGGAGCCAAGACUUCGAGUUGCAACUAAUGUGGUCUGCCUCCCCCGUCAACACUGGCAGUCGAUCACAGACUUACGUCGCACCUUCAUGGUCGUGGGCGUCGUACAAUGGCGAGGUUUCAUUUCCAAAUUAU